UGUGCUUUGAAACAAACACAUGCAAACGUGCUUCAGCUGAAGAAAUGCACAUGUAUAAGAUUUCAUCAUUACAAGAGUACAUGCGAAAAGUUAAAUGGACUGAAAAACGCCUUCAUUUAACAAUUUACCGUAGAGGUUGUUUCGCGCCGGACGGUUUCGAUUGUGACACACAGCGGAAGUGGCGCCAUUGUUGUGUGUCGUGGCUGUGAGCGGCUGUGAGUCUCUUCUCUCGACUCUGCUGUAAUAUUCACUCAUUCAGCUGCGUUGGAAAGAGCUGCACUCAUCUGUACACACACUCGAGAUAUUCCACGGCCUGGAUAUGUCCUUCAUAUUUGAUUGGAUUUAUAGUGGUUUCAGUAGCGUUCUGCAGUUCCUGGGGCUGUACAAGAAGUCUGGCAAAUUAGUUUUCCUCGGUCUGGACAAUGCUGGCAAAACGACGCUUCUGCAUAUGCUCAAAGAUGACAGACUGGGUCAGCAUGUGCCAACCUUACACCCCACCUCAGAAGAGCUGACGAUUGCUGGCAUGACCUUCACCACGUUUGAUCUGGGUGGCCACACUCAGGCUCGACGAGUGUGGAAGAACUACCUCCCAGCCAUUAACGGCAUCGUCUUCCUGGUGGACUGCGCAGAUUUAUUCAGACUGCCCGAGUCCAAAACAGAGCUUGACGCACUAAUGACAGAUGAAACCAUUGGAAAUGUGCCCAUCUUGAUCCUCGGCAACAAGAUCGACAAACCUGAAGCCGUUAGCGAGGAGAAACUGCGCGAGAUGUUUGGACUGUACGGCCAGACGACGGGAAAGGGCAACAUUCCCCUCAAAGAGCUGAACACGAGACCCCUGGAGGUGUUCAUGUGCAGCGUGCUGAAGAGACAGGGCUACGGCGAGGGCUUCCGCUGGCUCUCACAGUACAUCGAUUAGAGGACCACACCACACUCAUCCCGCCUUCACAGCGACGACUCGACUCACACAGACUGUUAUCGUUCAGUUCAUCAACUGGUUCUCACAUUAUUUCUUACCAAAACGACAAACCUGCAGUGAUUCUGCAAAUGUGGUCAAUUCCAAACAAUGAAUCUUCGCAUUAACGUCAGUUUUAUUUACUCUGUAAUUUGAUGUUUUUUUUGUCCGUUAAUUUCUUUGUGUCCAUCAGUGAAUGAUUCUGCGUGUGUACUGACCGCACCACGUGUACACCGCUUCUGAGUCAUUUACAUCACAUACUUCAAACAGGAAGUGCUUUGACUUCUCCAGUGUUUCAUUUCCUGUCGUGAGGCCACAGUCCUCAGGCUUUAAGAUGAAGUCGAGACUGUCUGUUAAUACGUGUUGAAUUGCAUAUCUGUUUUUGUUCACCCAGAAAAUUAAAACAAUUGUACUGCCA